AUGCCAGUCGGGAGCUCCGCGCCGGACCGUUGCGGCAGUGGCCGCGGCAGUCACAACUGCAAUCCUGCAGCAGACUGCCAAGGCCACACCGCAAGGACCGUCGAGGAGCACACUGGCACCGCAGCUGCUGGGCUUUCUGGCGACUGCGAGGCCCUGGCUGAGCAACUUCGGGAGGCUCGAGCCAAGAAGCGCCGCGACAAGCGGCAGAGGCGCAGAGACCGUGCACAGGCCGCUGCCAGUCCUGUUCCUCCCACGGCCGGGGGAGACGGCCGCUCUGAAGAGGCAGUUGAGGGGGCUGCCAUGGAGGAGAUGCCUGACACCACCGAGGACCCUCACCCGAAGCUUGAGACCGAACUGCAGUCGCCGCUCUCGGCUGGCAACUUGCAGGCUCGUGACGCGCAGAGCACUCCUGAGGCCCUUGCGGCUCAAGGCGUGCACUUCCUGCCAGAGGAGCGAGUUGUUCCCGACCGACGACCUUCGCUGGCCUCUUCUGCGCCUACGGACUUCGUGAUUGAAUACCACCAGCGCCGGGAAGUCGCUGAACGCGCUAUGACCCCGACGGGGAGGGCUACACGCUUAGCCCCCAUUGCCUCGCCUUCGCAACCUCAGCCGAGCACACCGAAGAGACGGAGACCACGGGCGCGGCCGUCUGGCGCCAGCCCCAAGGCUGGGCCAGGCCACUGA